UUUUAUUGGAAGUCUCUUAGUCUCAUCAGAGUGUCCGGUUCUUUGUCUCCUGUCUCUGACUUAUUUGAACAAAGCCAAGGCUCUGGGUAAUAUCUUCAGAGAGGGAGAGGGAGAGAGAGAGAGAGAGACGAGAGACUACUGAGCCUUCUGAACACAGGGAGCCCACAUAAUGGUGCAAGAAAGGCAACCUCAAGUUUCAGAGAAAGCGGUAUGGCGAUACCAAGUCAAGCUCUGGUCUGUUGCUGUAAUUUCCGUAGCACUCCUUAGUGCUUGUUUCAUUGUGAGUUGUGUGGUGACUUAUUUUACACACGGCAAAACUGACCAAAGGCUGUCCGCAUUACAUACGUAUCAUUCAAGUCUAACCUGCUUCAGUGAAGGGACAAGGGUGACAGAAAAAGUCUGGGGAUGUUGCCCAAGUACUUGGAAAUCUUUUGAUUCCAGCUGCUACUUCAUUCCUAGUGAACAGAAUUUUUGGACUAAGAGUGAGCAGAACUGUGUUAAGAUGGGGGCUCCUUUGGUGGUGAUCAACACAAUAGCAGAGCAGAAUUUCAUUGUUCAGCAGCUGAAUAAAUCGUUGUCUUAUUUUCUGGGACUCUCAGAUCCACAAGGGAAUGGCAAAUGGCAAUGGAUUGAUCAGACACCUUAUACAGAAAAUGUCAGAUUAUGGCAUCAGGAUGAGCCCAAUUUUUCUGCAGAGGAAUGUGCUUCAUUAGUUUUCUGGAAUCCUAGAGGAUGGGGCUGGAAUGAUGUUUUCUGUGAUUCUAAAAGAAAUUCAAUAUGUGAGAUGAAGAAGAUUUAUAUUUGAGUGGAACAUUAUUCAUGGUCACAUUUUAAAUGGAGACCUAUCAUAAAAUGAUAAUUUCCUCUUGUAAUUUAUGUAUAAUUCUUAUCAUAGAGUUUCAUGGAAGUAUCCAGAUUCCUUACUCCCUUCAAUCAUCCUUCUUUCUGUUUUCUCUUUUCUACUAAUGAUAGAUGGAGCUCUUCUUUCCUUGUUUUUUUUUUCUUUAAUUUGUUACACAUUCUUUACUUUCUUCAUAUUUUUUUUACAAACAUUCCUUGUGCCAGAGAUGGUACUAUUUUGUCUUCAGAAGACUUACGAGGAGGUAGUUAUUGAAAAUUAAGACUGUCCUUCCACAAAAUGCCAUUGAGAAAUUCUUUUGGUCAAACUGUGACUGCAGUCACCUGGAGGCCUGGCAACAGUGGAAGGAUCUGCUUCCUAGAUGUCCCAUUCAAAUGGCUGGCAACUUGGUACUGGCUAUUGUUAUAAGGACUCAGAUCCUCACCAUAGAGAACUCACCAUAGGUUUUCUUGAGUGUUCUCACAAUACGGUGGCUGUAGUAAUGUCUUUUAUAAUCUAGCCUCAGAAAUCACACACUUGGACAUCUGGUGCAUUCCAUUGGUCACACAGACCAAACCUCAUCUACUAAGAAAGGGGACUACCCAAAGGCAUGAACAGCAGAAGAUGAAAAUCACUGAGGGCCAUCUCAUAGGCUGGCUACCAUAACAGGAUUUCUUUAAAAAGAUAUAAAAUGUGUGUACCAAGAAGGAAAACAAAAAAAUUCUUCACCAAAAUUAUCAACUUUCUUCAUCAAAACACUAUAAAAAAUAUAAAAAGUAGAACUGCAAGAUAUUUCAAAUACAUAUAAUUAACACAGUAGCAAUACCAAAGCAUACAAACUGGUCACAAAUGAAUUAGAAAGACAAUAAAAAAAUGGGCAAAAUAUUGGAAAAGCAUUUCACAAAAGAGGAAAUACUUAGUCCAAAAACAUAUUUCAUAGAGAUGUUCAGCCUCAUUCAUAAUUUGAGAACUGCAAGUAAAGACCACAAUAAUGUCAGGCAAAAGUAAGUAUGUAGUUGUUCAUAUGGAAAACAAUACAAAUAUUAAUAAAUAAUAAUACAAGAA